GGUCAAAAUAAUAUUUGGAGGACCUUCGGCGACCGACUUCACGAUGGCAACUUUCUACAGACGUGCUCUGCAACGAACCAUUAGACAAAUUCGUGCCACUGCCCAUGGACGAACUCAACAGGCAACAGGGGAUGGCGUCUACCCGAUCUGCUGCUGUGGCAGUCGCCAAAGUGUGUCCUCACUACUGAGCACAAGAGUAGCCGCUCCCCUUGUGUCCCACAAACUGUUCCACACUUCUGCUGUGAGAGAGGAUCUUGUCCAGUACAAUUUGUCUGACAUUGGUGAGGGCAUCCGAGAGGUUGUGCUGCUGGAAUGGUACGUGAAGCCAGGCGACAAAGUAGAGCAGUUUGACAGCAUCUGCGAGGUGAAGAGCGACAAGGCCACCGUGACCAUCACUAGCCGUUUCGAUGGAGUGGUCCGCAAGCUGUACUAUGAGGUGGACGCCAUUGCUCUUGUCGGGGAGCCGCUGGUGGACAUUGAGGUCGAAGGAUCAACAGAGACAGACAAGCAGGAUGAAGAUGUGCGAGAUGAGGGGGAGGGAGCAGCGGGGUUCGAACCCAACCAGGCAGCAGGUGGUGUAAAGUCUUUGGCGACUCCAGCCGUGAGACGGUUGGCUAUGGAGAACAAUAUCAAGCUUAGUGACAUUGUGGGAACUGGCAAGGCUGGACGAGUACUGAAGGAAGAUGUGCUGCGUUUUCUCAGUGGCGAACAAACAGCCCAGGCCCCAGCCUCAAGCCCCCAGACUGUCCCACCUACCACCCACGCCCCUCCCAGCCCCACCACUGCCCCACCCCCCGUCACGACCAGACCACCCCUUCCCCCUCCCCCUGUGGCCGCCCAAGCUCUGCCCGUGGGAGAAGACCGAGUGGUCCCGCUGAAGGGCGUGGCCAAGGCGAUGGUGCGCGCGAUGACGGAGGCGUUGCAGAUCCCGGCGUUUGGGUACUAUGACGAGAUCGACGUCUCUCAACUGAGCAUCCUCAGGAAGAGCCUCAAGCAGGUGGCGGAGCAGAGGGGCAUUCAGCUCUCCUACAUGCCCAUUAUUUUAAAGGCUAUUUCUCUCGCUCUGCUGCAAUACCCGAUGCUCAACGCUAGCCUGGAUGCUUCCGGUGAUAAUGUGAUCUACAAAGCUUCCCACAACCUUGGCGUUGCCAUGGACACACCAGAGGGUCUCUUGGUGCCCAACAUCAAGAACGUUCAGAACCUGUCUAUCUUUGAGAUUGCCAGCGAGCUCAACAGGCUUCAGGCUGUUGGACUGGCCGGGAAGCUCGGCCCAGCAGAGCUCAGCGGUACCACCUUCAGUAUCUCCAACAUUGGAGCUAUUGGAGGCACCUAUGCUAGGCCAGUGAUUCUACCUCCAAAUGUUGCCAUCGGUGCCAUUGGCAAGAUUCAGACUGUCCCCCGCUUUGACUCCUCCGGUGAAUUGAUAAAGUCCCAGAUUAUGAACGUGAGCUGGACAGCGGAUCACCGCGUCAUUGAUGGGGCCACCAUGGCCCGGUUCUCCAACCUGUGGAAACAGUACCUGGAAACCCCCGAUAUGUUCUUGCUCAGCCUGAAGUAGACACAACGGACGACCCACGACGGACGACCCACGACCCCCCCUGGGAGGUGCAGAGAGGACCACAGAACAUGUUUUUGUUGAUAUUUGUCACAGCACAGUCCUUGUUUUUGUUCCGUGAUAUUAUAGUACAAUACAGAUGGACAACGAGGGAUUGACUCUUCAUGCGGGAGGAGACUUUGGAGAGAAAGAGACUCGUUUUAACCAUUUCCUAAUCAUAUUCUUUCCUUUGGGAGUUAAUGUUCUUUUGCGCUUAAAAAACAGGGAACUAAAUUGUGGCCGCUGAUGCUAGUUUUGACAUGCUUUUUUUUACCUUUCAAUUACCACUGGAUUGAACAGGAAAGGGUUUUGGUAUAAGUGCUCUAGGAUUUUUUUCUUUUCAAGGAUUGUUUUGGAGAAGUUUUAAGAUGAGGAUAUGAUUGAGAAACCUACAAUAUUUGAGUUGUUGAGAUUUGUGGAUUUUGAGUACACUGCUCUGUCAAAUCUCAACGUCAUGAGCCUUUCCUUCAAGUAUUAGCUGGUAUUCCGGGCUUUUUUUAAAUUUUUGCAUUGCUUCAUAGAUAGUAACUAACCAAAUCAUAUUUUGUUGUUUUUUUGUCACUCUUGACUUGUAUAUUGUUAAGUGAAUGGUGUCUUUAUACCUUUAUAUCAAAGGACUUCAUCAGAGCUACAUAAUGGUAUGUUAGGAAUGGGUCUAAAAGCUUAGGCUCAAAUUUGAUACAGAAAGGGGUGCUUUGAAAGGUUUUUUUAAAGAAAGAAAUUGUACGAUGUAACAUAGUAUGUAGUUGAGAGUUCCAUCAUGGUUUUAUUAAUACUAUGAGUUCUGUUUAAUGAAAUUAGUAGAAUUAUGUGCAGUUUUAUCUAAACAGGGUAUCAUGUGUUCAUAGUCAUAGGCUGUGCUGAGCUUUGAAACCUGGUGAUCAUAUUCAAUACGUCUUCAUGGAUCUGUCUUCUGUGAUGGUUCAAAUACCUUGAAUUUUGUGUGUGUGUACUUUCUGUAAUGGCACUCCGACAAAGAAGUAUUUGAAUCUUUAAAAGAAAAUGUUAUGUAUCUGGAGUCUCAAUGAUGAUUGCUUUCAGAGUUUAGGCUCACAAUUUUGACUGAGCUGGGGAAAGUGGGAUAAAUGGCGGACAUUUUUCAAGUGGUUUGGGAGAGAGUUGAUUUUUUUUUGUACGUGUGAAUGGAGGUGUACUAAGCACUGGGUUGGUUCUACCUCAUCAGGCAUGUCUUUGCACAUGAUUUAAGUGGUAAUGUAGUCAUUUAGUGAGUCAAAGGCUAUACAUCCCCUGUACUGAUCAAGGGUUGGAGGGAAUACUCAAUUCAUUACCUGUAUAAUAUUCAGUCUGUUCUUGUUCCUUAUUUUUUCAUUGUACUGUCGUUUUUGGUAAGGGUGCUGCCACUUUUUCAGAAAUUUCUGAAACUUUGGAAGGUUCUGCACUCAAAGUAAUACCUGUGAUAGCCAGUAACAAGGGUUGCAACCAAGUUUCCCACAUUCAAGUUGUGGAUUGUUUGCUUUGAAGGUCUCUCUCUCUCGCGUAUUCCUCUUCUUGCAGCUUUUUUAAAAAAUGGCCCAUGUGUUGUUCAUUCGUCUCAUGUGAAAUAAUGGUGCGUGUCCAGCAGAAUGUUGAUUUCAUAUCACGCUAAACUUUUCCAACCUUUUCUGUUUCAUAAAUGAUGGCGGUCUGUUCUUUAAUUGGAGAGCAGGUGGCAGUGUAUUUAUGCACAUUCAAAUGUCUAGUUAGAUUUAGCUAAUUCCAUGCCAAGGUUAAUUUCACGACUGCUAGACAAAUUAUUGUCUUUGUCUUUUCCUUUCACAUGGUAGACAGAUUCCAGGUUAGCUAGUCGUUUGUUUCCAGUAAGAAGUGGAUUAGCAUGGAACAUGUCAAACCUGGUGGCAAAUUCUUUAUUUAGAUGUCUCUAGUUCAAUAACUUUUCCAAAUUUAUGUUUUGGUGACUGGUGUAUUCAGUGAUAAUAUGUGUUCGUGAACUAGUUUGAUUAGUUCUGAACAUUUUUAUUUUGUUGUAUUUACACAAAAGACCCUUUUGCUUUUACUUAUAUCAGAUUUAACAGCUUGACCGGGAUAUCAAGUGUAAAGGUGGCAUGGACUGCUUUUAUUAAUUGCUGUCAUUUGUUACUCCCAUGGCGUUUUAUUUGAUCAGCCUUGCAGAGAAAUGAAGUUAAAAUCCAAGGGCCAUCUGAAUGAUUUGUCUUGUUUCUGGUAUAUUUCUGGGGAGCCUGGUGCCCUAAUGGUUAAUCUGGAAUUGGUUUUGGAAAUAACCUACGUUGUAUCUCAUAGACUGUCGAACUUAAACAGCAUUAUGACAUCUUCACUUUAGUUUUUCUAGUUGUGUUGGGUUUUUUCAUUUUCAUGUCACCUCUCCAUGGUACUAUUACAAGGCCUUGGAGUAAGAUUAGUUUCUUUUGUUGCCUUCUUUAUACUUCUGGCUUACUGUAUAUUCUUUCAUUUGAAUAUCAUUGCCUUUCAAAAUUCCACUUCCUUAUAAAGAUAUGAUAUGUCUGUUCAUGUAAAGAAUAUAUGGCUUGAGUUCUAGCUCUAUUUAGACAGAGGAAGUAAUAUCAAAUUUUGUCAACUGUGUUGUAGAGGUAGAGCAGUAUAUAAAGUUGUUUUGUACUCGGUGCACAUUAAGAUUUUUGUCUUAUGACCUUAAUUUUGCUAACCUCUUCUUGCUUGCUGUGCUCUUAUUUACUUUUGCUUGUGUAACCUUCUUGAUAAGUUGGCAUGCAUAUCAAUGUAAGGACAGAUGGAAUUUGUAAGGUUUGACAUCUUUAAGUUCCUCAUAAUCAGCUCCCUCUAGGCUACUAAUGAUUUGUUGUUAUGUUUUGGAGGCUACUGUUUAUUAUUGUUGGUUGUCAGUAUUUUGUUCCAGUGAUAUGACGUGCACAAAUGGGUUUGACCCUUGCAUACUGAAAACAAACUCUGUUCAUAUUUAAAGCGAAAAAAUGCCAUGUGUUUACAAGCCAACCAUUAUGGCUUGGUUGCUGACGUUUUCUUGCCCUUUGUAUUCAUUGUUGCCCUGAAAGGGCAUACUGUUGUUGUGCACUGUGCUCUGUGUUAAAACAAGACUUUGGUCGGUUACUGUGCCAUAUUGUUGUCGACAGAUGGAAUUUAUGUUUUGUCACUUUAUGUACUGUUUCUUUUCAGAAAAACAACAAACAGAAGUUGUGCCAAUAAUGUCUCUUCAACAUUGUCUUUGUCUUUGUAUUUUAGCAUGAUUAUGGUUGGGGAAAAAAGGUUGAUAAAAAUUAAUGUUCUUGCAUAUUGGGGUUGUUGUUUUUUUUAAUAUGUGGAGGAGGAUGGUAAUACUUUUGAGGAUGAUCUGUCUUCCAGGGUACUUUAGUUUUGAACCUGUCUUGGCUUUGGAAGUAACCAUGAUUCUCUCUUUGUCGUGAUCACAAAAGUAUCGAUUUAAUCCAAGUCUGUGUUGCUUAUAUUUUCCUCAUGGUUAGCCUUAUCCUAGUUUGUUCCAGACAGGAUGUGGUGGCUUUCGAGCGGACUGAUCAUAUAAACCAGCUGCUGUACAGGAACAUUUGUAUUCUUCAGGCCUUUUGAAGCUCUUUGGCCUAUUUUUUCUCCUCUCCUUUCAGUGGGUUUUUUUGUAAAGGAGAGUGUGUCUUCUUUUCAAUCAGAGACCCAGGUUUCCCUUGCGAAGAUCUUUCACUGUUAUGUGCCAUGUUCAACCGAAGUAGGAAGACCCUGAACAUUAGACAUUCCACCUUUGAAAUGUCAUGCCAAUGUCUCGUAGGGCAUCAGAUGAGAGAGGUUGUUUUAUAGUUUGUUCUAACGGUCUGUGUAAGCUCUACGGGGAAAUUGUCUCUUUACCCAGUCAUUUAUGCCUUGGUCUCAGAUUUUAAUUUAUUUCAUUUGAUGUUCUAUGGGAAAUGAAAGAGAGUCUUUAAAAAGGAGCAAUUUAGUAUGUUAAGCUGUAAUUCUCAAUGUUAAUGGGAACCCUGCAUGAAGAUAUAGUCUGAUUUUCUGAGGGAUUUCAGCAAUUUUGUGUUGGCUCCACUUCACAGUGAUAACUCGCAAAGUGUGCUGGUUCGUGGGAUUUUGAGAAGAAUUUCUUCAGGUUUUGUUUUGAGGAAGUUUGAAGGGUGUUUUUUUGUUUCGUUUUUGUUUUUCUAAGAUCUGUUUGUGAUUUGACUUGAUGUAUAUGAAUUUUAUGUUUUAAAAUCUGUUGUCUCUUCUGUGAAGUUGCUAUUUAUCUGAAUUUGAGUUCAUGUCUUUUGUAUGUACGUAUGUUGCUCCUGUGUAGUUUUUGUUUUUGUGAAUUUGAGGUCUUGUUUUCUUGAAUAUACACACCUCUUUUUGUUGUGUUUGUAGAAAGUUUUCAGUGGUGCACGGUAGACUGGUCUUGUUUGUCCUUUUUCUCCACUUCCCUUUGGCAUUUUGUCCAGGGAUAUUUUUAAAAAAUCAUUUUCCAUGGCCAUGGUCAUGGACUCAUGAGAUGUUCUCUCGAAGAGGUGAAUGUUCAGCCUGAUGUUUUUUGGGGGCGCAAAGUGACGGUAUAAGUGUGUUUUUCUAGAUGUUUAUUAAUAGCUUCUGUCUUCAAAGAUCACUUGACCACCAAACAUCAUAAUAUGAGGGAGUCAUUAUUGGAAACUAAAAAAAGAAUGAGUUACAUAAUUUGUUCACAAAUGUAUAUUGUUGUAUUUUCUUAUUUCAGAUCAACUGUAAAAAUGCAGUUCUUUAAAUAGUUUUUAUCACUAAAGUGAUCAGUAGUAGGUUUACAGUGGCUGGCAAAUAGGCAUGGAUCGUGGCUGCCAACUGUAUUUAUAAGGGAAAAAAACAAAGCCAUGUAUAAAGACUUUUUUUAAAAAUUAGCGUAAAAAAGUCUGCCUCGUGAAAGAGCAAAAAAAAUGUGUUUGCUGUCACGUAGUGAAGAUUUUGACAACGUCAGGGUUAGGUGGAUCAGUUUAUUUAACUCUUUAAAUCCUGAGUUUCUUUCCGCUGUCUCCCAGAGUUUUUUCUAUAGUCACCUAAACCUGGUGCAUGAUCUAUCAUUAUAACCUCAAAAACUUGCCUCCUACUUCUAAAUAGC